AUGAUUCUACUUCCGGACACUGUCGUGAACGGUUGGGGAAUGCUACGCUCCUCUGGGGCGGUAUCAGCGGCCAUGCCUAGCCGCGGUGACCGGAACGCUGCCUUCGGAAACCAGGAAUAUGAAGUUAUUUUGCCUCCGCUUCCAACCGGUCGCAUCGUUUUGAAUACUGUUUUCCUUCAUGCUGAUGUUCGAGGACGGCCAUACCGAGUGGAAGACAUACGUGACGCACUUGAAUAUUUGGGCAUGUUGCCUGACGUUGAAGCGUUAGGCGCAUACCAAAUGAACCACGUGUGGGCGGUGACGCUGAAGAACAACGAGGCGAAGAAGAAACUGCUUUCGGCAUCUCAAGUGUCAGUGAAGGAGCGGCGUUGCCUCGUGGUGGAUCCGAACAACCAGGAUAUACGACUAAAGCUACACUGGGUCCUUCAUCAUGUCGACGACGAAGACGUACGGACGGCGUUUGCACCGUACGGCAAAGUCACGGAAGUGUCAAGGGAGCGAUGGCGCACAGAAGGUCUAUCCGAGAAAGGUUCAACGACGCGGCUUAUAAGUCUGCAGCUCAAAGCAGGUUACACGAAAGAAGACAUCCCGCAUCAGCUGCGUGUAGCAGGUGAGCUGACCUUAGUAGUUGUUGCUGGAAGAGCUCCCCUCUGCUUACGAUGUAAACGAACAGGUCAUAUCAGACGUGAAUGUAGAGUGCCGCGGUGCACAUCGUGUAAGCGCUUUGGCCAUGCUGAGGAAGAGUGCGUAAAAACUUAUGCGAAGGUUGCGGGGCCCUCUGCAUGGGAUGAUAAAACAGAACAUCAGAUGGACGAAUCAGAAGCCGAGGAAGUUGCAGCUAGUAAAACGAGGGAACUUCAGCCUGUUGACACGUUUCCUUCGUUUCUACCAGCCAGUAGCGACAAACCGGAAGAACCUGUAAGCGUGCCCGCUAAACAACGCACUCCACACUCUGAGAAGUCAACGGCAACGCCCACCAAACCGAUGGAAAAUACUGUGAACUGUCAGCAAACACCAGUAGAAAAACCCGAGCGUCAACUUGACGACAUGAUGGACACGAAGACUACCCCGUGGAAGAGAGCACGUGAGGAAACAGAAGCUGAGAACAAGACCCCGGUUGAGACCAAUACCGGCGAACCGCCUACAAAGACGGCCCAAGUCCGCCGCAUGUCCUUGAAGCCGAAGCCCAACAUACCACCGGAUCGCCACACCUCGGGAGGCCCAUAGCCUCCUGGUCCAACUAGUUGCCAGUACUAUGGCCGGCGAACUACACGCAAGAACUGAGCGAGGCCGAGCGGAAGGGUUUGAACCCCAAUGCCUUGUCCGCAAGGAGCCUGUGGUGUGUUCGCCCGUGACAGCCUCAAGGGCCAGCUAUCGAUAUAGUACUGUUCGCUGUCCGUUACAGAGCAAGGUGAGCGCCAUGCGGUCUGGUCUUUAUCCCCUAUAAAUGACGCUAACACUUAACACGCCCCUUUGUAUCGGCACACUAAACGUGCGUGGCUUAUCUUCAAAACGCAGACAAUACCAAGUAAAGAGAUUGUUGUUGGACAAUAAUCUUGAUAUCUUAGCGAUUCAAGAAACGAAAGUGGAAAGCCAGGCUCAGACGGACCGCAUGGUGGAACCCUUUAUCGCACGGUAUUACGUAUGCGUGUGUCACGCGGUAGGAUCUUCUGGGGGGUGUGCCUUGUUACUCCGCAACUCCCUUCGCAUAGUGGUAGAAACUGUGAUUGUGUGUAAAACGGGGCGGGUAGUUGUGUGUGAUUUUUCAUACUGUGAUUUGAAGUGGAGAGCUAUUUGCUUGUACGCGCCGAAUAGAGAAGCAGAGCGCUUAGCUUUCUUCGAAAGCGUUGUACCGUACUUAAAUUGUGAACGAAUCAUUCUACUUUUAGGUGACUUCAACUGUGUGUGUGCCGCUGCUGAUAGAAUACAAAACGAACCUGUACGAGACCGUAGUAGCACUAAACUAAGUGCGAUAGUUCAAGAUUAUAACUUAGAAGAUAUUGGAGACAUUCUGGCUAAAGGAAGCCGACCAAAGUUCACACAUUUCCAACGUGCAAGUCAAGCACGCCUAGAUAGAGUGUAUGUGUCUGCAAAUGUGGUGCCGCUGUGCCAAGAUUACUGCGUAAAGCAUGUGUCUUUUAGUGACCAUAGCUUGGUAAUGUUUUCCUUAGGAGCAAAACACAAAAACCCAUCGUUUAAUUGGACACUUUGGAAAUUUAAUGAUAAACUGCUACAGGACGAUGGUUUUGUGAGCAAAGCAGAAAGAAACAUUGAAACGCUACUAUCUAAAACAGACCGCUUUA